AUGCUUCUUAAUGUAUAUCGAGAAGCUGGUGUUGAAGCUGCAUUUCAGGCAUUUCAGACGGAGAUGAAGGGAUAUGAAAACACUCCACCGCUGUCGAAACCUGCACACCAGGACGGCCAAAACUUCUGGGAGAAUGAAUUCAUGCAAUUCACUAUAUACUAUCUUGACCUCCGCAAGAUUGUUGACAGCAAGGUCUCGAUCUGUGUUGCGGCGGGUGUCAAGAGUGCAGAUGCGUUUUAUGCGCCAACCACCGUCCCCCAGUCCCAAAUUCUGGGUUGCCCACGAUUUAUUUUCCCGGGCCAUCAUAGUGGAUACGAUGCGGAACCGAUUCCUUUCGCCACCGAGCUCCUCAAGGCACUGAAACUGCUAGAUGACCAGAGAAAUCGGGAUUAA